GCAUUUUUUUAAAAACUAUCAUUUUCAUAAACUUUCUCAUAUUCAGACAUCAUACUAACAUAAGUUUUGCACAUUUUAGUACAAUUAUUAUGCUUCUAUGCCCUUUUUCAAAAAUAUGCGGAUAUAAUUUAUUUAUUAAUUAAAUAUUCUUUUAAUAAUUAAAUUAAUAUUGCAUCUUUAACCCUUGUUUCUUAUCACGUCAUUACUUCGAAACCUUUGCUCACACUUAUGAGAAAUGUAACUAUAAAAAUAUUUACGAUCAUGGGUGAUGUCUUGGAUGAAAUUGAAAAGCUGUUUACCCAUUUUGACUCUGUGGAAUCAAACAAUAAGAUAAAUCCAUAUGAACUUUGCCAUAAUAUAAAAUAUCUGGAAGAUGAUGUACAAAAAUCAACUAACAAGCAGCCAGAAUCUCCUACCUCUGACAAAGACUUAGAGGACAUAGCAAAACUUUGUUCAAAGUUCGAUUCUAAGCUAAAUCUCAAGUCCAGCAAGAACGAGCUGAAAUAUUGGUUUGUUAUCAUGUCCCAUAGUUAUAAAUUGAAAGGAGCAGCCUUGAUUUCUAGACUACAAGAUUAUGCUCUAUCGGAGUCGAAAUUCACAAUUUUUGACCCAACCAUAUCAUACCUAUCUACUUUUGAAACUUCUAUCGUUAUCAAAGAAAUCGAAAAUUACAGUUGUGACAUGAACAUAAAUUAUCAGAUGUUUCUAAUUAUCUUACCCGACGACAAGUUAUCCAUGUUUAGCACUUUAAAAAAUACUACGUCUAACACACUAAUACUCUCUCAAAUAGUGUUGGAAUCAACAGUGAAUACUAAUUUCCCACUUCAUAAUAUAGUUCCCGCUCUCAUUAAUAAAUCUAGAAUUGAGGCAUAUAGUAAUUGUUUAUCGGAUCUAAAAAUUCUUUACCCGCGCCAACUUUUAAAUUUCUGUGAUGGCGAUUCCAAAUCGGGCGUUAUAACCACCCCUCAUACCCCAAAAUAUUUAUGUCGCAGUGGUACGGGUGAAGUUCGCGGAAAUCUACUUUUAAAAAAUUCUCCCGUUCGCCUAAACUACGAAAAAUCUUCUUUCCUCAAUUGGCCUACCUAUUAUGCCGGCGAUGAAGUUAAAUUUUCUAUCAAAUUCAACCGUGCCAAAACACAGUUUGCUGUAUACAAUAUCCAUUUUUCCGUUGAAAAUUUCAAGAACUCUAUAAGAUAUGAAGGUACCAUUCAAAAUUACAAACCUCGAAAACACGGUGGAAUUUUUACAGUUACCACACCUGGAAGAUAUUGCUACAAGCCUGUGGCUUUCAAGAUGAACGAAUUUAUUUUACCCGUGGAGGAAAAUGAUUUUUUUGUCGGUUCUCGCGCUCUAUAUCAAUUUUCUAUUAUUCCUAUGCAACAAAAUUAUUUGAGAGCUAUAAGAAUAUGCAAAAAUUAAUAAAUAUAUAUGGUAUUAUACAUAUCAAUAAACGCGCAUCAUUUUUAUGUGAACUUAGCAUAAUAUUCAUUUUUAAAAAAAUCAUUAUGUCAUUAUUUUCCCAAUUUGAAUAAGCAGGAUAUGUUAUCAAAAAAUAAAUCACUAUUUAUUUGAGGAGGGGCGAGGGUGCUAUGUGACCAAAACAUUUUAUAUAUAAUACUAUUUUAUAAAUCAUUGAUAAAUGCAAGUACAAAUAGUAUAAUGUAAUAUUAUAUAAUUUUUAAAAGAAAUAUAGUUUAUCACAAAUCGAACUUUAUUUACUUCAAAUUUAUUGUUAUUUUCAUUUUCAACAUAAUAGUUUUUUUUU